CGGGUACAAUAAAAGGGCAUGAUUAUUGAAUCAAAAGACUAAAGAAAAAAGAAACACAGAUUCAAAUGAAAGGCACCGAGAUUCAAAUGAAAAGCAGCAACAAAAUCCAAAGGCAAACACAGUUAAAGAGCGAAAAGCCAUUAAAGCCACCGUUUAGACCUGCAAAAGACGAUACCAAGCCUCUUCUUCAAGACCCAAUACUGAGAUCAGACCCCAAUGAAACAGAGGAAGCUGUGCUGCGUUUGCCUCCUUUUCCUUCACUCAAUUGAAAUUUGAUUUCCAUGGAUUUUGGCAUUGUAUUUGUAAGACUUAAAAUUGCUGCUAAUUGUGGUGUUUGUUUGUUUAAUAGCGUUCGUAGAUGAAUGGGUUUUCGUGUUUCGAUUCAUUGGUGGAAACAACAAGUUGCAAGUUUAAUCUUCAAAUCCAUUCAUUAGAAAUUACAAAGUCUGAGAGUUUUUAAAAAAAAAAAAGGCCUGCUAUAAGAUUAUCUUGAUGGGUUGUUUUCUCAUUGUUCUUUGUGUCUAUUGUGUUUCCAUUGGCUUCUUACCAUUGAAGAUUCAAGAACACUAGAAGCUCUCAUACUUGGGUCUACCUAUAUAUACAAGGUUAAAUCCUGCUAUUUGUGCUUGCGAAAAUUGUGGAUUUAAUAUAUGAAUUAAAUUCAAAA